AUGGCCUGGGGAUGCCUGCGGAUCCUGGGCUCUGUCUCGGCGGCUCGCGAAGUUGCUGGCGAGGGUUGGCCCGCGCGUGGCCUUGCGAGCGAGAGCAAGAUCUGGUUCCCUGGAGCCCCCAUCCAGGGCGCUGCUGGCCCUCCGGAGCCCGACUCGACUUCCGGCUCCAUGCCGGGCCCAAUGUUGGAGGUCGGCAUGCCUUCCGCUGGCACUCGGCGUGCGCCCCGCGCCGCGCCGGCCGCCGACGCGGCCAGCAUCCCUGGCGAGGCCAUGAACUCCAUACUCGACCAGAUCGACACCAACCCUGGCGAUCACCCGCGCGUCAUCGGCACGGUCAGUGCGGCCGCCUUCGACACGGAAGCGUACUCCAUGGAACAUCUCACGGGGCUCCACAGCCUCCUCGCAGUGGAAGUUGUGGCCUACGUGGACCUCGCUGUGCGGGGCCCGCUUCACCACGAGUUCUUACGUCCGCCCCGAUUGCCGGGGUUCACCGUGCACGUGGGCGGUGCCGUGAAGCCAGUCGCGCUCCACGGGCUUCCCAGCAUCGGCACGUGGUCGGAGAGCCGCCGCGGCGCCGCGUCCGUCGUCGUGCCAGCGUCUUCGCAGACACUAGGGGGCGCGGCAUUUCUGCUGCUGAUCUCUGGACGAGUGGGGUUCCCUGGCGGGGUUGACGCUGCGGUCGGAAAGCCGGCGGGCUGCGCGGUGGACGCGUUCGACGUGGCACACGGCGCGAAGUUCAACCUCGCCGAGGACCUCGUCUUCGAGCAGCUGCUGGCCCGGGCCGAUCGCGCGAGCCAUGCGCUCGCUGCGGCGGCCGCGGGGCAUCCGUGCGCCCGGCUCGCGCCUGGCCCCAUCGGCGCGCGCAAUCUCUUGGAAGUCGCGCAGUUGGCGCGCCUCGGUGGCGCGCGCUCGAUCGACUUCGCGGGGCAGGCGGGCGCCGAGGCGCAGCGGCAAGGGAAGGGCGCGGCCUUUCCGAGCGGCCUCAGCUGCGCGGCGAAUCCUGGGAGAGGCCGGGCGCGCGGCGGCGGGGGCGGUCGCGCCUUCGACGAAGUCCGGGGCGGGCUGGCCCACGUGCACAGCCUCGCACAUGACGGCAGCAGGCGCUUCCUCGGGGAGGAGCUCGCGAAGCUUGCGAGCCGAGGCUGCGUCGCGAAGACCGUCGUGGACGCGGAAAGACUUGGCAUUUCUGCGCGCAAGACACGCCGCACGAUGUUGUCAAGAGGUGCUGACGCCACAGAGGGCCGCCUCGCGCUCUUGACCGACCUGGUGGGCGGCGAGGGCGCGGAGCUCUUCGCGCUGGACUUCGCGGGCGACGCGUACUUGUUGAUCGGCGGCGCCGUCGUUGCCUGGCACGCCACACCCCUCAGCCACCACGGCGAGUCGAUUCUGAUAUUGCGGUUGGUGACGCCAAAGCGCAGCAAGCAGCCGAGGUUCGGAAUGGAGCCUGGCGCGAUGGCGGCGAGUCUACGAGCGGGCGGCUGGAGGCGCGCCUGGCGAGAGGUGGAUGUGGAGCCCGAGAUCAUCGCACUGCAGGGGCCGCACCCGACGCUCUCAGGCGAGUCGUUGAUUCAGGCCGCGUGGGCACGGCUGCCUCCAGCGGCCCGCGAGGGGGCCUUGCGGGGGCUGCCGGGGUGGCUGCUGGAGCAGGACCUGGCGGCCGACGGGGGAGUCCCUGCCCGGGCGGGCCGCUCUCCGGGCAUGGACGCCGCGGGCGCGGGGCCGCGCCGGGCGGCCCCGCGGCCGCCGCCGAAGGCCCCCCGCGCCGCGCAGGUCGAGGGCACCGGGCGGGCCCGGGAGCCCUGCGCCGCGCCGGCGGCCUGCGUGCGGGAGGAGGACAUCAACCUGGCGUGCGAGAACUUCGACUGCGUCACGCUGGUGGGCACCACUCAACGGCUCAGAGACAUCUCUUAUCCAGUGUGGCUCGGGGUGGACAUUGUCUUGACCGCUCACGCUAUAUUGGUGAGCGCCAUCAUCCCGAUCGUGUUGAUUGCCAUCUUUGCGAUUUUCGGGCUCAAACCUUCGAGCAGCUGCAGGAGCAUCUACGCAGUCACGCACCUCCAUUCAAAGGAUUAUCAGAGUUGGAACCGACACAUCCACCUCGCUAUCGGUAUGCCGCCCUUUGCAGUCGCCGCGCCAUCUUGGGGACUGAAGCGCGGGGCCGAACCAGCUCAAGGCGCCGAGGGACCAGAUCGAAAGAAGCACAUCCAGGAUCUGCUGGCAAAGGGAGAGGACGUGAGCACAGUCAAGAAGUUGCUCACCGUACUCACAAAGUUAAGCCUGACAAACGCGGCCGAGAUCAGAGAGAUCACGGGCAUGCUGUGGAACACGGUGCUCGUCGAAGUCAAGUCGCCCAUCGCCGUCGAGAUGAUGGCUCGAGGGAAGUCAUACCACGAGGAGAGCAAGAAGGCCAAAGGCGACCCCGCCGCUCAAGACCGCCUUGGUCCGCCGUACGUGCACAUCUUCGCGGGACUCAUGCUUGGACUGUCCAAGACAGAGCCACAGUUGGAGGAGACACACACGAACAGCCUCACCGAGUUCUGGGCCCAGCAAGUGGCAGCAGAGGGCAAGACGCCGCUCGACCUCUUGGGCAAAGUGAUGUACUGCAAGUGCAAGGCGGCCAAAGUGAAGGACGGGAAACCAGGCCUCGCGAAGGUGACGAUCGCGAUGAGCACGGAGUUCGGCGCAGUGCAGGUGGCGAUCUUGGCAGCUCUCGCGGCGAAUGGAGGCAUCAAGAAGCACGGGCCAGCCCCCAGGGGCCCGCUGGAGCGCGCAGCUCAGGAGCUUCUCGAGGUGCUCGAGGGCACACAGUCCAAGAAGAGCUGA